GGAGGGCCUGGGCCAGGAGCAUCCCCCGCCUUGGCUUCCCUGAUGUCGGCCAGGCGGAGACAGGCAGAAGCCCUGGGGACACCUGCAGGGUCAGCUGGAGCUGCGUGCCCUUUGUCCUCCUCGGGGCGUGGUCACAGGCCGAAGCCCGUCCUGACCCCAUGAAACGGGAGGGUCUGUGUAGCACAGGGUGGUCCUGAGGCCCAAGGCUCCCACCAGGGUCCCGGCGGAGAAGGCUGGGAGGGGUUUUGUGGGCAGGAAGCGGAAGCCUCGGGUCACCCCUAGCGCAGUGAGCGCGCCAGCUCACUUCUCGCUCAACACAGCCAGAGUCGGAGGUGGGCGCCCAGCACUGAGCAGCCGGCAGACCAAUGGACCUGCCCUGCGUCCUGGGGCUCGGGACUCUGCUGACCCUGCCCGGGGUCCUGGGCUCAGGUGGCAGUGCCAAGGACAGCGGGCACUCCAGCUUGGUCACUGUCGUGCUCCUGUUGCUGCUCCUCCUGCUGCUGGUCGCUGGCCUGGUGCUGGCCUGGCGCCGCCUCAGCCGAGACUCGGGGGGCUACUACCACCCGGCCCGCCUGGGCGCCGCACUGUGGGGCCGCACCUGCCGCCUGUUCUGGGCCAGCCCGCCAGGCCGGUGGCUCCAGGCUCGGGCUGAGCUGGACCCACCAGACCAGGACCCCGAAUGUCAGGAAGAUGAGGACCUGGAAGACUACAACCUGGAUGGUGGCCUGAAGGAGGCCGAAGGCGGGGAGGAGGAGCAGCCGUACAAAGACGGGCCCAGCCCGAGGGUGGAGCUUACAGAGUCAGCUGAGGAAGCGCACGAGGCGGCUGCUGAAGAGAGCCUGGGCCUUGGCGCGCAGGGGCCCGAGGGCUCGAGAGGCAGUGCCGAGGCCCUGCUGAGCGACCUGCACGCAUUUGCCGGCAGCGCAGCCUGGGACGACAGUGCGGGGGUAGCGGGGGGCCAGGAACUCCAUGUCACAGCACUUUAGGGGUCACAGACCCCAGACCUGGGGUCACACCCCUGUCACCGCCUGGGCCUCUUUGCGGCCAUGACAUGACACAAGCACCCCAGGGCCCAUCACCCCCACCUGGAGUGCUCAGACUGUCACUUUACCACUAGAUCCUUCCCCACACCUGGACAGCCCCACCGCCCCCAGCCAGCCCACCUGUCCCUGGAGCCAUCGGGCGGCCAUCGGAAAUAAACCCUCCAGCUAGUGGUCUUGCUGUCCUGUGGUGACCCCGCCCAGCCCUGCGCAGCGGCUCCUGGCGCGA